CAAGAAGACUAGAUACUACCUAGGGAACAGAACAGCAGCAAGAACAGACGCAGCCGUUCAACGUUUCUGGCCAUUACUAUAAACAUAACAUCCAACAUGCCGUACGCACUGGUCCGGGCCAAUUUCGAUGUUCCUGAGGAAUUUGACCGCAAGUUGUCUAAGUUCAUGUCGGAGCAGUUUAAGAAGCACGAAGGAUUCCUGGCUGUAGAUCUCCAGGUCAACAAACGGUCACUUCGGAGUGGAACGACGGACAAGUUCGUGUACUGUGACCUGCGGGUGUCGGACACAAUGUUGACUAACGAGGGCGACAGAACCAGGUGGUUCAAGGCGUUCGGAGACUUCUUCGUUCAAGAGCUGGGUGUGGAGCCUUUGAGAUGUAUCGUGAUGUUUGAACCGACCACUGCGGACUGUGAGGCGAUUGAGGGGAAGCUGGUGACACAGUGGACCCCUCCAGCAGAGUGGUACGGCCUGUAGAGUCAGUGUCGUCCGACUGCUGCAACAUCAACAUCUUUUACACACAGUACACAACAAGGAAGGCAAUAAAAACUACCAUGGCGA